UGGAGCAGCGGAGGAGCAGCGGAGCAGAGCAACAGAGGAGCAGCGGAGCAGCAGAGGAGCAGCAGCCAUGACGAUGCCUACGGCAGCAGGCGGAGUCUGGUGUGGAGCCUGUGUCUGAGUUCUGCUGCUGCUGUCCUGUCAUCGGCCUGGGUGUGGUUUUACAGUCUGUGGUACCGUUAGCAGGAAAUCCAGCUCCGGUCCAUUCCACUGUAAAGCGAAACAAAGGAGGACAAAUCACGACAUUUGUACGGUUGAAGCCAGCUCCUCUUCUUCCUCCUCUUCUUCUUCUUCUGCUCCUGCUCUAAAAGUAGCGCUGGGUAGUUUCCUGGAGACGGAAGACGUUUGUUUGGCGCCGUUGUUCUGAUGGGAAAAAGUUUUCUGCGGCUCUCGCUGACUCCUCGUCUCUUUUAACAAAGUCGAAUCAUUUUUUUCAACGUGAAACGGACGUGAAAGGAAGGAAAGAUGCCGAAAACGAUUAGUGUAAGAGUCACCACGAUGGAUGCUGAGCUGGAGUUCGCCAUUCAGCCCAAUACAACAGGAAAACAGCUCUUUGACCAGGUGGUAAAGACCAUUGGGCUGCGAGAGGUUUGGUACUUUGGACUCCAAUACCAGGAUACAAAGGGUUUUUCUACAUGGCUCAAGCUCAAUAAGAAGGUGACAGCCCAGGAUGUGAGGAAGGAAAGCCCGCUGCUGUUUAAGUUCCGUGCCAAAUUCUUCCCUGAGGAUGUUACAGAGGAGUUAAUCCAGGAUGCCACGCAGCGGCUGUUCUUCCUGCAGGUGAAAGAGGGAAUCUUAAAUGACGACAUCUACUGUCCUCCAGAGACGGCUGUCCUGCUGGCCUCCUACGCAGUCCAGGCCAAGUAUGCCGACUACAAUAAGGAAGUCCACGUACCGGGCUACCUGUCGAGUGAACAGCUGCUCCCUCAGAGAGUCCUGGACCAGCACAAACUCAACAAGGAGCAGUGGGAGGAGAGGAUCCAAGUGUGGCACGAGGAGCACAAGAGCAUGAUGAGAGAGGAAUCCAUGAUGGAGUAUCUGAAGAUCGCUCAAGACCUUGAGAUGUAUGGAGUCAACUACUUCAACAUCAAGAAUAAGAAAGGAACAGAGCUGUGGUUGGGAGUUGAUGCACUAGGACUCAACAUUUAUGAACAGAAUGACAAGAUGACACCCAAAAUUGGAUUUCCCUGGAGUGAAAUACGGAACAUUUCCUUCAAUGACAAGAAGUUUGUCAUUAAACCAAUUGACAAAAAAGCGCCUGACUUUGUAUUCUAUGCUCCAAGACUGCGCAUCAACAAGCGCAUUCUGGCUCUGUGCAUGGGCAACCACGAGCUGUAUAUGCGCCGCCGCAAACCCGACACCAUUGAAGUGCAGCAGAUGAAGGCUCAGGCUCGGGAGGAGAAGAAUCACAAGAAGAUGGAAAGAGCUCUGCUGGAGAAUGAGAAGAGGAAGCGAGAAGUUGCUGAGAAGGAAAAGGAAAAGAUUGAGAAGGAAAAGGAGGAAUUAAUGGAGAGAUUAAAGCAGAUUGAGGAGCAGACAAAAAAAGCCCAGCAAGAGCUGGAGGAACAAACACACAAGGCUUUGGAGUUGGAGCUUGAGAGGAAGCGAGCACAGGAGGAGGCUGAACGCCUGGAGAGUGAGCUGAUGGGUGCUGAGGACGCCAAGAUGGCACUGAUGCAGCAGUCAGAGAACCAGAUGAAAAACCAAGAACACCUGGCCACAGAGUUGGCUGAGCUGACUUCAAAGAUCUCUCUCCUUGAGGACGCCAAAAAGAAGAAGGAAGAUGAGGCGGCACAGUGGCAACACAAGGCCACCGAGGUGCAGGAGGACCUGGAGAAGACCAAAGAAGAGCUUAAACACAAAGUGAUGGCCACUCACGUUCAGGAGCCCCUCAACGCAGAAAACGAGCACGACGAGAAUGACGAGAGCAGCGCAGAGGCCAGCGCCGAGUUCACAUCUGCUGCCACGUACAAGGACCGCAGUGAAGAGGAGCGCAUGACCGAAGCUGAGAAGAACGAACGUCUGCAGAAACAUCUACUCGCUUUAAGCUCAGAGUUGGCCAACGCUCGGGAUGAGACCAAGAAAACGGUGAAUGACAUCAUCCACGCAGAGAACAUGCGAGCUGGACGAGACAAGUACAAGACCCUCAGACAGAUCCGGUCAGGAAACACCAAACAGCGCAUUGACGAGUUCGAAUGCAUGUGAUGUGACGUACGCAUUCGCCAAUGCAAAAGCCCAUACAGCUGGGCCUUUCUGCCUGGACUGCAGUCCUGCCUCACUCAAGCUGUUUUUUUUCUCUGUGCGCAAAUAAAUCAGAUCCAUAACAUGACGUGGCUGCACAAGCAUAGCACAACGUACAAACAAGGAUCUGGAAAAUUCCAUUUGUUAUCGUUCCUAACUUUGAAUUUAGGCAAGUCACUGGUUGAAAAGGGACAUACUGUAUUUUAUAGUGCAUUCCUCACAAAGGGGUUUAUGUAGCAUUUAUAGUAAUGGGCUCACACCUCAUUCCAUGACACAUUGAGUUAGCAGUUUUGAUUUCUUUAUAUACUUCUGUCACAUUUUUCUAUCGUGAUUUCAAAGACUCAGAGCAAUCCAAAAUUUCAGUGUAAAAGCUUUGCCUAGAAACUUUUUUUCUGCUGAACACAUGUAAGCUGAAUUUUUCAGACAAUGAUAAUUAUCCCACAACUCAUAGUUUUACACACAUAUCAAAUGCACUGUUCAUAAGCAAAAAUAUAUGGAAUGACUGAAGUCUUUGGUUGAAGGAUUCAUAAUGCAGUAUUAUAUUUUGUAAAAUUACAAUUGAUUUACUUUUAUUUGACUCUAUUCAGAAUCUUCCAGCUGUUACAAACAUCACAGUAUUUACACCUGAAUGUGAAAUCAAAGACAAAUGUCUGUUCUUAUGUUUCUUAACACCUUCAACUCAGUUUGCAACUGUAAAGCAUCAGUGUAAAAUUCACUGAAGUAAAUUGUUGAAGAAAAUCCUAAAAAUUAAAUCCACAAUUUAACUUUCGCAUGCAAAAUUAAAAACAAAUUUCAUUUCUGUUACAGAUGCAAAUAUCUAAUGCAAAAUGUUUUUUGUAAAGAAUUAGAUUUUUUUAUCCUACUUACUCUGAGGAACAGAUUUUAAAUUGUUGUCAUCAGAUCAAUGCAACAUUCAGUUAAAAAGGUUUGAAGUUGAUUUUAACUUUACCAUAGAUGUGUGACUCUUAUUUUACAUUUUAGGAUCUGCUCAUUAGUGAAACGUUUGUUUGAUAAAGAAACACAUUUUAAUCUUUUGCAUUGAUGCAACCAGCCCCACAGAAGGAAUUACACUGUAACACCAGUUGUUAAGUUGGGUUUUGUGAAUGAGCAAAUGCCAAGAAAGUUUUAAAAGUUGGAGUUCAGUUUUAAAUGCUCAACUAUGUUUUUUUUCUCAAAAUCUUCCAAGAAUUUGAUACAUAAAAUAAAAAAUAACUUCAUUUAACAUGCACUGGAAAACUUUAGAAAACUGCUAUCCUUUAAGGGCACUAUUUCCAAUGCAUGCAUUAUUGAUUAUUGGUAUACUGUGUGUAUUUAAUUGCAUUUGUGUAUUUUGUAAUUGGGAUUUUUCAGAUAUGAUAAAGGUGCAAAAAAGGACUCCUCUGAGGAUAUUUUUGUAUGAUCAGAGUCUUGAAGUAUUUCAGUCAGAGGUGAAAGUUUUUGAUUCAAAAUGAAAAGCAUUUUGAAAAUAGUAUUUUAUUAUUAGGUCAAUGAACAGCCCAGUGCUGCGGCUGGAAGCUGAUGGAACAAGUCUGUGACAUGACUCGUGAAAUGCCUGAUGCCACAGGAAUUCCUGUUUCUGGUAUAUUGAUUGAAAGGUAAUAUAAUGUACCAAAAUACCAUUUUGCAUGAAAACUGAACAUUUCUUUGUGCCAUUCAUUUUUGGCAUUCAGCCACGUAAAUAAUUUAGCUUGUUCAUAGAUUUUUAGAAUUUAGUGUUUGAGAUUUAUUUACACUAUUUUGCAAAGGUCAAAGUAUUUUAGUGAUAAAUAAUUUGAAUGUCUGUUAUUGAAUCAACAUCUGUCAUUUGUACCAGGAUGCAUUUUUGAUAUCCAGUGUCUUUGCGUGUAAUUAUGUGCAGUAGUUCAUGUAUCAGCCAUGAAAUGUAAACAUGUAGUUGUUGCUGUUAUGGGACACCUCUGUCUCUGUGUGUGUCUCUGCUUUCGACAAUAAGUUUCUAUGAUGCUGCACUGAAUGAUUUACCGUGUGUCCUAAGCCUUCCUCUAACAGUCUCAGAGUGUCAUUUGGACUCCAGUCACCACGAGUGGAAAAGAAAUGUAAUAAAACAUGCUACUCAAUAUCUUGAAUCAAAAAACGGACUGAAACAUAAUGAAUACAGUAAAUUGACAGACAGUGCCUUGCCCAGGUUAUUCAUCAGAUCUUGCUGCUUAAUAGUCUUUCUUUCAUAAAAGAAUAAAAGUCAGAUUAAACUGA